AUGGCUACGAUCGGACACAGCAACCUUAACGCCAAAUUGGUUCUGCUUGGGGAUAUGGGUGCUGGAAAAUCAAGCCUUGUGUUGCGUUUUGUCAAGGGUCAAUUCCUUGAGUUUCAGGAAUCAACAAUAGGGGCAGCAUUUUUCUCCCAGACGUUGGCAGUAAAUGAUGCCACAGUGAAAUUUGAGAUUUGGGACACAGCAGGACAAGAGAGAUACCAUAGCUUGGCUCCCAUGUACUAUAGAGGCGCUGCUGCUGCUAUCAUUGUUUACGACAUUACUAACUUGGAUUCAUUUACACGGGCGAAGAAAUGGGUCCAAGAGCUUCAGAAACAAGGGAAUCCUAACAUGGUCGUGGCUUUUGCCGGUAACAAAGCUGACUUGGAAGAUAAGAGGAAAGUGACAGCUGAAGAAGCACGUGUAUAUGCUGAGGAAAAUGGUCUGUUUUUCAUAGAGGCCUCUGCAAAAACUGCAGCCAAUGUUAAUGAAAUAUUUUAUGAAAUAGCCAAGAGGUUACCAAGGGCACAGCCAGCACAACCAGCAGGAAUGGUUCUUGUUGAUAGACCCGCCGAAGGAUCCAAAGCUGCAUCAUGUUGUUCAUAA